AUCAGUACUAACUUCAAACCAAGAACAUACGCUAAUUUAACGAAUGAAAAACUUUUUUUUUUUUUCAGGAGUAAAAAUGGAUUAAAGAAAAGAAAGCUGACCAACCCUGUCCAGUUGGAUGAUUUUGAUGGCUACAUCAAGGAUAUGGCCAAAGAUUCAGAUUAUAAAUUUUCUCUGCAAUUUGAGGAGCUAAAACUGAUUGGUCUUGACAUACCCCACUUUGCUGCUGACCUUCCCAUGAAUCGCUGUAAAAAUCGCUACACAAAUAUCCUACCAUAUGAUUUUAGCCGUGUCCGGUUAGUUUCAAUGAAUGAAGAAGAGGGUUCUGACUACAUUAAUGCCAACUAUAUUCCCGGUUACAAUUCACCCCAGGAAUACAUUGCAACACAAGGACCAUUGCCAGAAACUAGGAAUGAUUUUUGGAAGAUGGUUCUUCAACAAAAAUCUCAAAUUAUUGUUAUGCUCACUCAGUGCAAUGAGAAAAGAAGGGUGAAAUGUGACCAUUAUUGGCCUUUUACGGAAGAUCCUAUUGCAUAUGGGGACAUCACGGUGGAGAUGCUGUCUGAGGAGGAGCACACAGAUUGGGUUUAUAGGAAUUUCCGAAUUAGCUACGCCGAUGAGGUGCAAGACGUGAUGCAUUUUAACUACACUGCCUGGCCUGACCAUGGUGUGCCCACAACCAACGCUGCUGAAAGCAUCCUGCAGUUUGUACAGAUGGUCAGACAGAAGUCAGCAAAGAGUAAAGGCCCCAUGAUUAUACACUGCAGUGCUGGAGUGGGACGAACAGGCACCUUCAUAGCCCUGGAUCGCCUCUUACAGCACAUCCGUGACCACGAGUUCGUAGAUAUAUUAGGUCUGGUGUCUGACAUGCGAUCCUAUAGGAUGUCCAUGGUACAGACAGAGGAACAAUACAUUUUUAUUCACCAGUGUGUGCAAUUGAUGUGGCAAAAGAAGAAGCAGCAAUUCUGUAUAAGCGAUGUCAUAUAUGAGAAUGUCAGCAAGUCCUAGUUCAGAAUCACAGGUGGUGAGACCAUGAAGCACACCCAUCUUCCCUCGCUUCUGAAUUUUUUUUCUUUUGAUGGUUUGAACUGCCAGUUGUUCUGCCAUGAGAGACCACUGCUUUGCAGUACGCGGACAAUGAAAGAAAGAAACUUUAACUUUUAGAAGCUUUGGGGAGACAAAGCCUUAAAGAGCCUGCGGUGUCUUUUGAACUGUUUAAUUUCUGGACAUUUUUUUAACUACUGGACCAAAUUCGACUAUAUAACAUGAAGGAAAAGACACUAUACUAUGUGCAUAAAACAGAUUGCUCCAGAGUGUUGGGUUUUUUAGUUUGGUACUUUUGGUUAAUCUUUUUUUCUGUGCAGGUUGAGCUUAAGGUUAAAGCAAGUGCAAUAUUUUUUUAAUGGUUGAAUGAAGAGCUUUGAAGAGCUUUCUUCAUGUGUCACCAGUCUGUGCUAAAGUCCAUAGGAGAGCAGGCAUUGUUAGUAUCUAAUAAUACCUCAUUAGUGAAUAGCGAGGCAUGAAUAUACAUGAAGAAAUCUGGAGAUUGUGAAGAGAAAAUGGGGGGAGGGUGCUGGGUACAUUGAUUUUUACUGUUUCCUGCAGCACUGACAUUCUGUACCUGGGGGAGUGGGGAAAAUGCAGGCCCCCAGGAACUGAUUAACGGUCAGAAAUCCAGCCCAUGAAGCCUAAAGCUAGAGGAGGCAGCUUACGUAGAGAGAUGUGGUUGUUUUGGUUCUGGACUGUGCUCCUACUAAUUAAGCAGCGGGAUGGUUCUUUUCUCCAACCUUUUCGGUAAUGGCACUGAUCAGGUUAAUUUUUUUAAGCUAAAGCUAAUCGAAGUACAGAUGAGUCUGAAGCUGGACUAUCUUUGACUCCAUCACUAUAACAUUUAACUGUCCGAGCAAUCUAUGGUGCCUAUACCCCUUAUUUGUUUAUUAUUUUUAAUAUGUAUUAACCCUGUGUAAAAAUGUGAAGCUGAUUCAGGUUGGGGAAAGAAAGUAUGUGCUUUAACGGUUGUAACUAUUUCUCCAAGCCAGGAAUUCAUGAUGUUGUGGAGACCAGGUUUUCGGCAUGUGAAGGGAUGGUUAUCGCUUUAUCGCGACGAGGCUGCCAAAGCGUCGGUCUGGAUUCCUGCAGGGACUUUGGGGCCAGGGUUGG